AUUACCGUCUAAACGUUCUACGAAUAUUUCAAUACCAAAAUUAGCCAAAUCGUCUUUUGGAAGUUAUGCGAUCACAUACAUUUUGGCGAUUCAUUUGUAUUUAUAUAGAUAGAUAGAUAAGAUAUAUAGAUUAUAUCAUGAAAUCAGAAAGGUAAUUAGUUAUUUGUGCAACAAGAGAGGAAAAUUGUUUUUUCUUGCGAGUAGUGAUGAUUUUGAAUCCCGAGUAAGAAAAAGAUUCUAAGUUAGAAUCUUGAGCGUAGCGAGGGACUCAAAAACACGAGAUGUAAAAUAACUUUGCUCUCGUGUGACACAUACAACUUUUCACCUCAGUAGUCAGAACAUAUUAAAGGUUAAAAAAAAUCAACAUAAGUAAAGUUAACCACAUUUAUUUACAUUCAUGAAUGAAAGGCAUCAUCAUUAGGACGAAAACUUGUAGAAAUAUUCCUGUAUUCAUGGCCUGCACUACAUUAAAAAGCUACUUUGUCUCACUCCCUGGAGUGACGAAAAUAGGCUUGUUCGAGCUGCUGAUAGACCGCGAGCCAGGAACAAUUUCCAUGACCAAUCGCCUCCCGGCUGAAAACUCGUGCAUUGGUUAACGGCUAGGUAUGAUGAACCCUCGUGGACGUCAGCUGCCGCUCCGUUGGUGGGUUGAGAAAUGGCAGCCACCGAAACACGUAAAAUAAAAAUAAAUUGUUAUCGCCUCCCGUUUGAUAUUUUGUCAAAUGAUAAUUCAGAUGCUGUUGGUAAUUUAAAAAAAUGUCAGCCGGUUAUAUCGCGGUGGUAAGAACAUCAGCUGGUCGCAUGAACAUGUAAAAAAUAAGCGCUAUACCUUUUAUGACAGCAAUAACAAAUCAUGAAACUUUACAUGUAGCAUUUCAUCAGGCGUAAACGCCCGAAAAGCCAUCAACGGAUUACGCAAUUUACACAUUACGCAUACUUUGCCGCACAUAAAGUGUUUAUUUUACAGCUGACAGUCAUUCCACCGCAAUAGAACUGGCUGACGAUUUUUUUAGUUUAAAACAGCAUCUAAAACAAUCAUCUGACAAAGUAUCAGCCGGGAGGCGAUGACUGACGAAGUAUGCUCCUGGCCCGCGGUCUAUGAGGUGAAAAUGUCAUUUACGAUAUACAAGCGUAGCGAAUUAGUAGAAAAGCUGUGUAAACACGCAGUGACGCGGGUCGCGAUCGAUCGGGUAUAAAAGUUGUAGCGCGAUGAAAUUCGGCCACACGGAUAUUCCACACGGGAGCCAAGAUGGUGGGCGUACUAAAGGUAAUUCUGCUUCUAUUCGUGUCUUAUACGAGUGGGAAGGUGCUGGAUCGGUACUAUCCCCGCUAUCACUUGGCGCCGCCGUAUGGUUGGAUGAACGAUCCCAACGGAUUCUGCGUCUUCAACAACGAGGUCCAUAUGUUCUAUCAGCACAAUCCAGACAGCAGCGUCAAACCCGGCUACGCGCAGUGGGGGCAUGCGACUAGCAAGGACUUCUUCCAUUGGAAACAUCAACCGAUCGCCAUGCGCACUGAUAUGCCGUACGACUCUUGCGGCGCUUUCUCUGGAAGCUCUCUUAUCGAAAAUAACAUCAUGUACGUGUUCUACACUGGAAAUGUAAUAUACCCUGGAAAGACACCCGACCACCAAAAUCGUCAAGCCCUAGCCUUUAGUACAGAUGGCAUCAACUUUAUUAAAUAUGCGAGUAACCCCAUCAUCACUGGUUACAUGAACACGCCAGACAUACGAGACCCUAAAGUUUGGAAACACGACGGUACAUAUUACAUGGUAUUGGGCAGCUCUGUGAAUAAUCAGACUCAUGGAGGCAUUGGCAACAUCCUUCUUUACUCUUCACCCGAUAAGUUUACAUGGAACUACGUUUCUGUUCUGGCGCAAGCGAAUGGCACUUUCGGGUUUAUGUGGGAAUGCCCCGACCUCUUUGAACUUGACGGCAAAUACGUACUUCUGUUUUCGCCUCAAGGUGUAAAGGCUUCGGGGGAUAGAUACCAGAACGUAUACCAAACGGGUUACUUCAUUGGUGACUUUGACUAUUCGACUCUUAAGUUUACUCCGACGUCGGAGUUUGUGGAGCUCGAUAACGGACAUGACUUUUAUGCUACUCAAACUACUUUGGAUAAUUUUGGACGCCGUAUUGUCGUAGGUUGGAUGGAUAUGUGGUAUCGAGACUACCCUGAAGGCCCAGAUGGCUUCACUGGUAUUUUGACCAUGCCUAGAGAGCUCAGAUUAUUAAACGGUAAAAUUGUGCAGCUACCCUUAGCAGAACUUUCUAGCAUCAGGGGAAGACAAGUUUUGCCGAUAAAUGGAUAUUAUAUUUUAUGUGACAAAGCCGGGGAAGUUGAUGUUUUUGCCGACGGUUUGCUAAACUUUCAACUGUACAUUGAAUCAGAAAACGUCAAAGUGACGCUAUCUUACGAUGCAGUGAACGGCAAAGUGACGCUGGACCGCGGAGGCAAAGAUAGUAUUCGUCGCACGGAAUGGAGACCUGCAUCAGGGCAGCUGAAAUGGAGAGUCUUUGUGGACGCGAGUUCUAUUGAGCUCUUCUGCGGAGAAGGUGAGGUGACUUUCUCGAGCCGAUUCUUCCCUGAGGGUGCAGUAGUCAUUUACCAACGUGGGACAGCGGUUCUAACGGUGCACGAGAUAUUGCGCAGCAUGCCUCGACCGACAUAAACAUAGUAUACGUCUGCCUUUGGUGUCCUGAUACCAUGCUUAAUAAAUGCGUAGACAUGCUUUAUAACUAAAUUAAAGUAGGUACUCUUAUACAAUUGAAGAUACAGUUCCGUGUGAAAUAAUGUUAAAAUGACUAACUUGCAGCCUUGCAGCCAACACCUACUUCGGAAAUAAAAAGGUCUUCGUUUAUAAGUAAGACACAAGUUUACAAGUUAAUUUUUUUAAAUAAUAUAUAUACUAAAUAAAAUUACAUAUUAUUAUUUGUUGUUGUUCUGUUCCUUUUACCUGUGUGUGUAUUAAGAGGGAAGGGGACAACUACUUCUCCAUAAUACAAAGUAUACAAACGUAGCUAUGCCCUGUCACUUGACUUUUUUUAUUCUUAUAAGAAUUAGGAGCUAUAAACAAAUUGUGUCAAAAUAUUUUCAAUAAUGUUAAUAACAGAGACUACGUUGUAUGAAAAAUUUCGUUUUAACUACCGAUUACAUAAUAUAAACUUUAUAAACCAGUAAUUCGCCCCGAACUGAGAACUCGCGUUUCGCCAAAAAGAUAGAUCAAUUGAAUGCACCCAGGUAUUUAGUCGGCUAAGAAUCGAAAACCGCGUGCGAUUUAUUGCAAGGUCUGUGGAGCCCUUACAUAACUGAUAGAUUUAAGUCACCAUAGAGAUUAAAAUAAAAUGUAUCUGUCUCUCUUGUCAAAUACCUAUAUUAUGUUUAGUUCAUUUUGUUUUUACCUUGCUGAUUAUAUUAAAAUCGUAAAUUAAAAAACAAUAUUAUAAAUGUGUAA